AAAAAAAGCCGUGUGCUGAGCUAAAUGUGCAGCAGACCAUGUAAGGGGUGUCCAUUUGGACAAACUUCGUCAAUCGAAAGGGGAAAACAUUUCAUUGACAACUACAAGAGAGUGCGGGCCUGAGCACAAGUAAUAUGAGUUUAGAAAAGAAAUAUACAUUUGUAAUAAUCCAUAAACGCUAACGAAAUUGCAUUUUGUUUGGUGUUUUUCCACGGUUGUACGUCGAAUCGCGUGUGACUAACACAAGUUUUGUCCAAGUCAAGUUGCCGUAGAGGCUCCGCUGAAGCGCUACCUCCGCACACGUCUGAUUGUAUUUUUUUUGCCACACGAGACUUCACGAAACAUGUUUGCGUCAAUUAGCUCGGAGUCCUCGACGCACCACGUCCAAAACUAGUAAGAUACAAGUCGUUGAAUCUUCGUGUGCGGUUGAAGUCGUCUCGGUGCAAGUCGAAGCUUCUCGGCCUCGCUUCACUUAGCCUGCUAGCCGCUAACGAAGCAGCGAGCGAGCGAGCGUCGCGGUUGGAAUUGCGAGCGAGAAGAACAGCAGGACACUCGGGGACCGAAAGAGCGACAGCGGCAACCAGCGGACGCAGUCUGCGAGAUGCAAAGCGGAAUUGGCUCGUGCGGAGCAGACGUCAGUGAACAUCUUGGUCCUGAGCGACAGGAGCCAAAGUUCCUUCCCAUUAAAGCGGAAAUGGAGGCUCAAGGGCCUCCCCGCAUUAAAGAAGAAGAGGAGUUGGAGCCACCCCACGUCAAAGAGGAGCCCGCGCUCCCCCACAUCAAAGAAGAGGAGGAGGAGGAGAUCACCGUGGCGCCAUCGACUGGUGUCCAUUUGAAGAGUGAAGAUGAUGGUCAAAGUGUGAAGAAAAGAGAGGCGGAGUUUCCAAGAAGCAGCUCAAGUCAACACAUGACAACGGAAGGUGGCGGAGACCACCGCGGAGGAUCACAAGCAGACGGCCUCUUCGCUCCACUGUCAGAUAGUGACGACACGUCACACUCGUCGGCCUAUAAUGAUGAUGAGGAUGAUGAUAAAGAAGAGUCUGAAGGCGAUACGACAUGUCACAUGGACAACAAACGCUGGAAAUGUUUUCAUUGUGGAAAAACCUUUGCUUAUAAGAGCCGUUUGAAACGACACAUGAGAAUACACACUGGGGAAAAACCUUUUGGCUGCACAGUUUGUGGUAAAAAAAUCUCUUCAAAGCAACAUUUAGAAUCACACACAAGAACACACACUGGCGAGAAACCAUUUGUCUGCUCAGUUUGUGGUCAAAGAUUCUCUGAUAAGGGAAACUUGAGAUAUCACACAAAAACACACACUGGAGAGAAACCUUUUGCCUGCUCACAUUGCGGUAAAAGAUUCUCUCAUAAGGGACAUUUAACAACACACACGAGAACCCACACUGGAGAGAAACCAUUUGUCUGCUCAGUUUGUGGUCAAAGAUUCUCUGAGAAGGGAACCUUAAAAGGUCACACAAGAACCCACACUGGUGAGAAACCCUUUUCCUGCUCAGUUUGUGGGCAAAGAUUCUCUGAUAAGGGAAACCUCAGAAGACACACAAGAACGCACACUGGAGAGAAACCUUUUUCCUGCUCCGUUUGUGGGCAAAGAUUCGCUCAGAAGACAAACUUAAGAAGUCACCGAAGUAAACACACUGGAGAGAAACCUUUUUCCUCCUCAGCAAGUGGCCAAAGAGUCUCUCAGAAGUAUAAGGUUAAGACACACAAGUGCGUUGGUGACAACAGCAGCGAUCAAUGAAGGGUUCGCCCGGAACCCGAGCUGGCUUCAUCAGUUUAGGAUAAUUGUUUUCUGUGUAACUUCGUCAAGGCCUCCUGUGGAAGAAGUGUUGGGAAGGAGCACUGAUGCUGAAACACACAGCAAUACAUCGGUUUGUCCAAUUUUUUGGUGAUAUGCAUAUCAAAGAAGCCAAUAACCGAUUGAAAUAAAGAAGAAAAGGACACAUUUUGUCAAACUCUGGGCAGGUCUGUGGCUUUGACCUUCAGGAGGUUUGUUUUCAUCACGUGAUGUCUAAAAAAAAACCCAGAAAACAAUAAAACCGUGACUUGAAAAGGUUGUAAAACAUGUCAUGUGUGGUCACCUGGAAUUUAAAAGGGUUUUCAAAGAAUACAAUUAUCACAUGCUGUAAAACUGGUACUUCAAAGGUGUCACGUCGUAUCAAAUCCGGCACUUCAAAGGAUCAUGCAAGGUCAGACAGAGUUACGUGAGGUCACGUGGUGUCAUUGGGGCAAGGGUCAUGCAAGGACAUGCCCGGGCAGAUUUCUGGGAGAGAGAGAGAAGGUGGGGGCUCACGCACAGACGUGUUGUGAAAUGUCUGGUCAGGAAACACUGGGGCUGACAAAGGGUCAGUGGGAGAAGUCUUAUCAGCUUUCAGGUCAUUGAAGGGGCGUGGAUCCCUCAAGUAGGAGGGGGUGACAGCGAGCAGGUAUCGGCGAACGUUCACAAAGCAGACCGGACGCCAGCAGACCAUCACGAGCCAGAUGGUACCGAUACGUCUUCUUACCAUGUCAACGCUCUCGCAACGACCCCAGAGACCGCGGAUGCACAGGGGAGAGAUGGGGGGGGGGGGGGGUAGUUCGACUGGCAGUUGAAUCCUUUCCGCACAUCCACCAUCCGCACGCACAACUGCUUUGGAGAAGUCCCAGGAGUUGACGAGACCAGAAAAAACACCUCCGCCGCUUCUGCUGUUAAGAAGUAGUCGUACUUUUACUCCGUUACAAUGAUCGAAAUGUCGCUCGCUACUUUUAUUGAUCCAUUAUUUCCCGCACGAGACUACGGCUUCGACUUCCGCAUCGGGGGCUGUUCGCGCAAUCAAUUUACGCGCUAGUGAGGUUUAAGUCGAGUUCACCAAUCAAAAGACACAAGAAAGUCACAUGACCUCAGACAACGGCUUCCCGGGCAUAGGUAUUAACAGAAGCUAAACCAGCCUGGCUGAUUGUCGUGCCUACGUGGCCACCAUGUUGGGAAGGUCCUUGUUACCAUGAAGGCGGCGGCCACUACGGCACGGUGGACGACUGGUUAGAGUUCUGAGGACCCGGGUUCAAUCCCCGGCCCCGUGGCUGCGUGGGGUUUCUCCGGGCACUCCGGUUUCCUCCCACAUCCCAAAAACAUGCGUGAAUUGGAGACUCUAAAUUGCCCGUAGGUGUGCAUGAGAGUGCCAACGGUUGUUUGUUCCUACGUGCCCUGCGAUUGGCUGGCAACCGGUUCAGGGCGUACCCCGCCUCCUGCCCGAUGAUAGCUGGGAAAGGCUCCGGCACGCCCGCGACCCGCGUGAGGAGAAGCGGCUCAGAAAAUGGCCACUACUCUUGUUUACAUUUCGACCAGGGAUGCCAAAAAUGCGGCCCGCGGGCCAGAACUGGCAAUCCAGCCUGUGGGGAUGUAGAACACAUUCACUGCUAUUUACUCUUCCGUUUAAGUAACAUUUUGGCUCAUCGGAUCAGCCAGUGUCGUAUUUGUGGCACUUUAGUAUUUUCGCAUCGAGGUGCUGCGGGUCGCGGCACUACUCGUGGUCCCAGCAGAACCGCGAAGAACACGUAACAUCGGCGACAAGAACUGAUCCGCUAGUACAUCUUGUAUUAAUGAGGAAGCGCGCCUACAAUAAUCUAAUUAGUUUAAUGUUAAAUGUAUUAAGCGACGGAGCGAUGUUAGGGAUUAUGUCACAACACAGAAUGUAGUAACUUCAAAUUCAGAAAUGGGCAAUAAAAAUGGAAAAAUACUGCACCUAACACUUUCCUGGUGGAUGCAUUUGGGAUCAGUCUUUGAAGUUGGUAAUUGUGAAGAACGAAGUGAAACAGACAAUGAUUUGAGUCAAUUCUUUUCCAGAAUGAAAGUGCUUAAAGGAUGAGGACGAUGCUAUUCAUGUGGCACAGCCUGAAGCAGGCAUCGGGUGCAGGUGCAGAUGGGCCUGGCUCACGUUGAAGGCCAAAGCAAAAAAGCAAAGAAAUGAGGCAAAUGGCAAAUUGCAAAUUCAAUUUGCACAUCAACAUGUACUUGAGCGGUGUAAAUAAACAUGAUUUGAUUUUG